UCCCGCAGGAACGUCCUAGAGCUGAUCGAGUUUUUCGAGGAGGAGGAGAGGUUUUACCUGGUGUUUGAGAAGAUGAGGGGAGGCUCCAUCCUGACCCACAUCCACCGGAGACGCCACUUCAACGAGCUGGAGGCCAGUGUGGUGGUGCGGGAUAUCGCCAGCGCCCUGCACUUCCUGCACAACAAAGGGAUCGCACACAGGGAUCUGAAACCAGAAAAUAUCCUGUGUGAGAGCCUGGACCAGGUCUCCCCGGUGAAGAUCUGCGACUUCGACCUGGGAAGUGGCAUCAAACUGAACGGCGACUGCUCCCCCAUCUCCACCCCGGAGCUGCUCACCCCGUGUGGCUCAGCCGAGUACAUGGCCCCAGAGGUGGUGGAGGCCUUCAACGAGGAGGCCACGAUCUACGACAAGCGCUGUGACCUGUGGAGCCUGGGGGUCAUCCUGUACAUCAUGUUGAGUGGGUACCCCCCCUUCGUGGGUCACUGUGGCUCCGACUGCGGCUGGGACCGGGGCGAGGCCUGUCACACCUGCCAGAACAUGCUCUUUGAGAGCAUCCAGGAGGGGAAGUACGAGUUUCCCGACAAGGACUGGGCGCACAUCUCCUUCGGAGCCAAAGACCUCAUUUCCAAGCUGCUGGUGAGAGAUGCCAAGAAGAGGCUCAGCGCAGCCCAGGUCCUGGAGCACCCCUGGGUGCGGGGGUGUGCCCCAGACAACACCCUGCCAACCCCCAUCAUCCUGCAGAGGAACAGCAGUGCCAAAGAGCUCACCUGCUUCGCCGCCGAGGCCAUCGCUGUCAACCGCCAGCUGACGCGGCACGACGAGGAUGAGGAGGAAGAGGCGGAGGAGGAAGCACGACCCAUCAUCAUCAAAGCUACCUCACGGGCCAUGCAGCUCUCCCCCCCCUCCGAGUCCAAGCUGGCCAAGCGGCGGCAGAAGAGCAGCCUGGCCAAGGCAGUGGCCGCCGGGCAGCACCUGGUGGCCCCGCUGGUCCUGGUGGCCGACCAAGCCUGAGCGGUGCCCCCUGCACCUGCUGGACCCCAUAUCCCCCCUUCUCCUUUCUUUCUUCCCCCCUUUCCCCCCCCCCAACCCCACUGUUUCUGGCUAGUGACAAGAUCAGGACUCGUCCCUGUGGCUGGUUUCCAAGGUUUUGCUGAUCUUGUAGGUCUGGGGGUGGGAGGGUUUGUUUAAGAUCUUUUUUUUUUUUUUUUUAAGGUAUUAAAUCAAGCGUGAGGUUGCUUCACCCAGGGCACACUCAAGGACAUCUGACAGACACACGGACUUUUGUUCCCCGACUCUUGGUUUCUCCUCUGACAUUUCCCCCCCUCCCCGACACCAAAGGACUCUUUGUGCCCGCGGCUGCUUUGACGAUUUCAGCUCAUUUCAUACUGUGAACAAAAGACCCUCGGUCGCGUUUCCAACAACGGGAGUCGCGUUUUAACCUCGUCCCUCCCCUCGGAGCUGCAGGUUUUUCUCCGAAGUUUGGGGUAGAUCCCACAAAACCCCCCUUUCCCGGGGGUCCGGGGGGCACCUCCGUCCCGUGCUGGGGGCUGUCCCUGGCUCUGCUCCAGGGGGACACGGUGGGUGUUGUGCAGGGAACCGCUCGGGCCGGGGGGAGACGGUGCCAGCGAGGGAGCAGUGCCCUGUCCCACCGAGCCACCCUCUCUCCUCGGCAUCCCAGAAUAAGCUAUUCACCCCCUUCUUUUCUUUCUUUUUCCUUUUUUUUUUUUUUUUAAUGAUUGUUGGUUUUAAACUGCUAGCUGUGCUUCUCUACAGGGCACAGAGAAAUGUCUUCCUUUCCUCCCUCCCACGCUCCGGUGGCGGCUCCCGGGGGUAAGGCCAGAGCCAGGGAUUUGCAGGCACCCAGGGCUGUGCUCUUGUGCCAGGGCAGGGGUUGUACUGCCUGGGUUUGGAGGCGCUGGUGGCUGUGCCCUGGUGGAGGUGUGAGGGGGAUGAGGUGUUCAGGGUGGCCAGAGCAGCCAGAAACUCCCUCUGGGAAUAGUUGUGCUCCGUGGAAAGCAAGGAGCCACUUAAGGAGCGCCGGGACCUGCUGCAGGACAGUGAGACCUGCUGUGGCUUCGGGCUGGCCCCAAGGCUGCUGUGGCAGGAGGGUCUGGGGGCACAGAGGGUGCCCAGUGCCCUGGGGAUACUAGUGGGGAGCAGCCAGGCUGGUGGCAGCACCCAAGGGCCGCAGCAUUGGGGGAGCAGCCUGGGGAUGGCUCGGAAUGUGGGGCUGGAGGGUCUGGGGUCGGGGCAGAGGGCAGCGCUGGGGUGUGUGUUCAUGGAUGUGCAUCCGUGUUCACGUGUGUUCAGGCACUGCCCUCUCCUCAGGGCUUGCUUUGGGGGAGGGAAGGAAUGCAGGGAAGGGCUCGGAAUGCUGAGCUGGGAUGAGGCCCUUGGCUGGUUUCUGGGUCUGCCCAGGAGGCACUUGGGGCCGGGCUGGCCUCCAGCUCCCCCCAGUGCCUCCAGAUCCCCCCAACACCCCACCACAGGCGUGGCCAUGGGUUGGGCCACCAAGCUCUGCCCGCUGCCACCCCCCCAUUCUGCUGGGAAGGGAGUGCCCCCUUCACAGCCCCUGCCUGCUCAGUGCUUGGAGCUUUAUAUUCUGCAAAAGCAGCCUCGUGUGCACAGGUGAGGGUUUGGGAGCUCUGAGCUGGGGGAGAAGAGGCUUCCCUGGGUCUUCAGCUGAAGUCAGUCGCUGUCUCUGGAAAAAAAAAAAGAAAGUUCUCCUUUUCAUUUUAAGACUGCUGACAGCAAUACUAUGCAAUAUAUGUUGUUUUUUGUUUCA